GUCCACGAUCAGCGUGUUUUUUAAUCACGUUUCCUGCAGCUCAAGUGCAACACAGCAUGGCCUGUUUAUAUAGGCCCCUCCAAAUAGUCUGGUCCUGCAAUGACAGAAAUAGCCACGAAUAAAAAAAACAGUCAUCUGCAUGCAUGUGGGUCUGUUUCAACCAGGAUUUUCCCCUAAAAGGAGAAUGUCAAGAAGACAGUGACUGUGGUGGUGCAGCCCAGCCAUGAACUCCCAGGAUCCCCCUGCCAAAGAUGCCCCACUUACUGUCAAUGAGCAGGUCAUUGUGAUGUCUAGCCAUGAGACUAUCCGUGUGCUAGAGGUAGAGGUCGAUGCAUCUCUGCCAUCAUCAGUGCCUGAUGGGAGGUGUGAAGUGAAAGCGGAGGAGGGAGCCGCUCGGCCUGCAGAGCAACCAGAGACUGGCAGCACACAGGACGGCUCGGCUGUGCCCCAUAGCGCCGGGGGAGUAGCGCUGGGGGGGGAGCAGCAGGUGGUGUCUGUAGAGGUCCCUGCCCCUGCUGUCCAAACGCUGACUCCUGCUGUUCCCGUCAGUUUGUCCCUGUCGCAGCCCCAGGCCGCCAUGCCCAUCACUGUACAAGGCUGUCCACAGGUGCUGACCCAGGAGAGUCUGGCCGCUCUGAUGACUGGUAUGAUGGCCCAGACAGGAUCCCUGGGGCAGCCCCUGCUCAUCCCCCUCAGUAUGGCAGGCUCCAUCGGUGGCCAGGGUGGUCUGGCUGUUCUCACCUUGCCUACCACCAAUGUAGCGACUCUCCCUGGACUCACAGCAGCUAACACGGCCGGAAACCUCCUCAAACUGCCCUUUACUGGCCUCCAAGCGGCGACAGUCCUGAACUCCGUCCAGCCCCAGCUACAGACGAACGCUCAGACGAUGUUCCAGCCUCAAGCAGCUUCCAUACAGGUGACGUCUCAGCCCACACAGGUGACCAACGUGCAGGUCACCGCCGCUCAGGUGGCGGCAGCCCAGGCGACCUCGGCCGCCACUACUGUCUCUCAGUCCAACAUAUCUUUAGCAGCACUCCAGACUGCAGGACUCUCCAUCAAUCCUGCCAUUAUCAAUGCUGCUUCAUUGGGAGCUCAGCCACAGUUCCUCAGUUCCCUCACCUCCACUCCCAUCAUCACCAGUGCCAUGUCCAACAUGGCUGGCAUCACCAGCCAGAUCAUCACAAAUGCCCAGGGACAGGUCAUAGGAACACUCCCGCUGUUGUUGAACCCAGCCUCUCUGGCUGGAGGGGCUGCGACACCCACCCUCCAGGGUCUCCAGGGUCUCCAGGGCCUCCAGGGCCUCCAGUGUCUCCAGAGUCUCCAGAGUCUCCAGGGUCUCCAGGGUCUCCAGGGUCUCCAGGGUCUGCAGGGUCUCCAGGGCCUCCAAGUCCAGACUGUCACCCCACAACUGCUUCUCAACUCCCAGGGCCAGAUCAUCGCCACAGUAGGGAAUGGAUCCGCAGUCGCAACUUCUGCUGCAGUUCUGCCAAAAGCUGCUGCUGCUGCUCCAACAUUCACCAAACCUAUCACACAGGCUUCGGUAACAACUGUCAGUCAGUCACCCAUUGUUAUCGCCCCGCAGCCGUCUGUGCUGAAGACUGCCACCACCUUCUCCUCCACAGUACCCAUCACCUGUGGAGACAUAGCGAAAGUGGGCCAACUUGUCAACAAACCCCAGCAGGUAGUCAGCAGCGAGGAAGGCAUUAAUCUGGAAGAGAUUCGAGAGUUUGCCAAGAAUUUCAAGAUCCGUCGGCUGUCCUUGGGGCUUACUCAGACACAAGUAGGGCAGGCUCUAACUGCAACCGAGGGUCCGGCCUACAGCCAGUCUGCCAUUUGCAGGUUUGAAAAGCUGGACAUUACGCCCAAGAGUGCUCAGAAGCUGAAGCCGGUGUUGGAGAAGUGGCUGGCCGAGGCCGAGCACUGGAACCAGAAAGGCCAGCAGAAUCUGAUGGAGUUUGUUGGCGGUGAACCAUCCAAAAAACGCAAGCGGCGCACUAGUUUCACACCGCAGGCGAUAGAAGUUCUCAACUCCUACUUCGAGAAGAAUGCGUUGCCAACAGGCCAAGAGAUUACAGAGAUUGCGAGAGAGCUAAACUAUGACCGAGAGGUUGUGCGAGUCUGGUUCUGCAACCGGCGACAGACGCUAAAAAACACGAGCAAAAUCAAUGUCUUCCAGUGUCAGUAGUGAUCUCAUUCUGGGAGGGUUCACCACUGACCUUUUGUCGUUUUUGGAAAUUGAACAUUUAAUACAGCAACACAGUUGUGGAUUGUGUUGUAAUUACAAGCCAAACCCCAGUAAAGAAUAUUAACUUUUUAAGAAAUUACACAUAAUUCAAGUGUUACGAAAGAGUACUAAAAUUGAGUUGUUAUUGUAUUUUAAGGCUACAUGUGUACACAACUCCUGUGUGGUCAGUACUAAGUCAAACUGCAUGGUCCUUUUAUCCUAUACAGUGAUGGUAAUACAGUGAUAAUAACAUGUCAUAUUUAAAAACAUUUGAUGACCUUUUAUACAAGUGGUUUUAUAGGAUAUCCCUCUGAAGUAUAAUAAGUGGCAGUGCAUUGAGUCACAUUGAUUUUAGUCACAUAAUUGUCACUUUGUCACAAUCGCUGACAUUACGCUUAUAUUAGAGUAACAUGCAUUUGCUACAGUGGCUCUUUUCAAAAUUCUAGCUGCUCAUUCAUUUUAUAUUCACGUAGUAUUUGUACUGUGUGAGCCGCUUUGCAAAUAAGAUUCUUUAGACUAAAAGUAGGCAAUAGAUUGAAACCUCAUUUUCAUCAGAAUGAGUUGUCUAACGAAUGCCAAAAAUGACUUUGCCAUCUAUGGACUCCUGACUCCAAUGCACCUAUGUCUUGGGACAAUCAGCAUUUUGAUAUUUUGUAUUGAUAAUCACGAAGAUGAGCUUGAAAUCUGUAGUCAUUUCCUCUCUUUUGGCUUUGAUACUUUUCUUCAGCAGUGUGAAAUGUAUCACACUGUGUCCAUAGAGAGGGUCAUUUCUGAUGUUCCUUGGACAACAAUUUCUCAUCAGAAUAAAUAAGGUCGUAGCUUUGGCUAUUGCCUAUGACGCCACAACUGUAAACUGAUUUUUUUUUGUUUAUUUCUAGGGCUGUCAGUCGAUUAAAAUAGUUGAUUUCGCAAUCAACUAUUUUCAGUAAUUUUUUA